AUGAGCCACGAAGACACACGCAGGAAGCGGAGACGAGUGGUCGCCACCAAGAGGGAUGGCAUUUUAUCAGACAUAUACCAAAAUCGGACUGUUAUGCACCGCAAGCGCCAAGCUCGAAAGAUGGGCGAGGAAGACGGAUCAGCUGCUACUUUUUAUCCAGGCCUCGCCACGGACAAUGAACUCCAUUCCACUUUAUACUCAGAAUCUGUAGAGGUGAACUUCGAACAAGUUUUUAGCGUACAGGAGGACCACCAUAAGGUGCCAGAAGACUGCUCCAGGGAGACUCUACAAUUUUGGGUAGAAAAGAGUCAAUUGAUCAGGGAUACCAAAUCUCAUCAAUCUCGUAGCAGCCUUCUUUCAAUAAAACGGCUUUUUAUCUCCGCGAACGCAAGCAUCCGCAUAACACGGCUGUGGGCACUGCUUUGGUGGUGGGAUCUAGCCCUGGGAUCAUGUGAAACUCUUUAUCACAUCAGCCUUUUAAAUUCGGUUCUCAGUAUGAGCCCUCAGAGAGUACGCAUGGGUUUACCACAGCAUUAUUGUCCUUCUAGCGGCUUUUCGAUACUAGCCAUUGAGGAACCUAUCUAUGUUUUAUUCAUUAGAGGUUACAGCGGCGCAUUUUUGUUCUUUCGGAAACAAUGUACAAAGACAUUCUGGCGUUUCUUCGCUGAAAAACUAUUCAAAGAGGUGCCCCGGACCUUCGCCUGGGUUAUUUUGUCCAAAGGGGUUUUGAGCAAACCAGAAGCAUAUAACCCCAUAAAUCACCAAUGGUCCUGUGACGGCAGACUACAUCUAAUACAAAUAAACACAAUUCGAGGUGAGAGCAAACGUGCUCCAAAUGCUUCUCCGUUUAAUUCUUUGUAUAUAGUCCAAGCUUCAACUUCGGUUUUAGAUGACUCUUGGGUCCAGAUGCUCAGCGGUCGACACAUACAGUGCCCGAAGCAGACUAUGGGCCUGACUCUAGUUACUGAAGCCUCCAAAAACAGGGUAGAGAAGUCUUUUUCGUAUGGCGUGCAAAAUCGGGAAAAUGGUGGUACACAGAAGCGUAGGUGUCAUAUCCUCAUCAUUAAAAUAAAAUCUAUUUUCUUUAAACAAACGUCCGAGUUCGCAAUUUUUGAUGUUCGAUUGAAGUCAACGGCUGCCGAAGCUAGUAUUGGGUGGAUUAGUAUAGACGUGCCUGGGAACAAUGAGGAGCAAGCGACUCGUUCUUCAGAGGCCAGGAGACUCUUGAGCAGAGCGUUUGCAAAUGAAAAGAUGGUCAAAUAUGGGGGAAAUGAAAACACUGAGGUCAUAAGAUCUAAACAUCAAACGUGA